GUUUUCAUAUACAACCCAUUUAUUUUAUGAGUCCAAUACCUUUUUAAGUCCCCUGUCCCUGCGCUCGCCUCUCGCACUGAGAACCAGUACCGGAACCGGAACGGGAACCCGCAGCAACGACGUCUACAACUCCCACACUCUCUCUGUCUCAGGGACUUGUUCGGAAAGAGUGGGGAUCUGGGGUUUUGGGUUUUGAUUUGAUUGAGAUCAAUGGCAGCUUUCCUGCCUCCUGGAGCACCUAGGCCCAGGAGUGGUAACGAUAACCCAUCACAACCUCCACCCCCUAAUUACAACCCUAACUUGAAUCCCAAUUCACUAGCAGAUAAUUUGAAUAAUCUCAAUCUCAAUCGGCCACCUUCGAUGCCGAGUUCGGCCCCCAGGGCUUCCCCUUUUGGUCAACCACCUCAUUUCCCUUCACCAGCCUCUCUGCCUGGGGUUCCUGUUGGGUCCCCACCAUUCUCUCGGCCUGGUCCUCCACCCGGUGCACUUUCAAGACCUGCAGUUCCUCCAACAGGACCCCCACAGUCAACAUUGCCUCCUAAUGUGCUCCCGCCGGUAAGACCCACGGGGCCACCCACUGGCCAGCCAUCAUUUAUUGGGUCCAGAACCCCUCCUGGGUCUUUGCCAUCGUCGGGUGGCAAUAAUGUACCACCCACUUAUGCGGCACCACAUCCCGGUGCUUUCCCAUCUUCAGGUUUUCCAAGCCGUCCAGUUGGUUCAGCAGCAGCACCACCAAGUACUCGCCCAAGCAGUGCCUCUCCUCCUUUGACCACUGGUCCGGCUUUCCCUCAUUCAAGUGCACCGAGUGGUUAUGUGACUAAUGGGCCACCAGCAUUCAUGUCAGGGGCUUCACCUGGUGGGCCCCGCUUUCCUCCAGCUGGCAGAGCACCACAACCACCCAUUGGUCCUCCGCUGACAUUGGGGUCGGCUGGGGCAGCUCCUCAGGCUCAAAGCAUGCAUUCUUUUCCGGCAAGUCCAGCAGUUGUUGCUUCACCGGGUCCUCCUGUACAGCCUGCAUCGCCAUUUUUUGCUCCGCCAGGUCCUCCUGCACAACCAGCAUCACCAUUUUCAGCACCUCCGCAAGGUGUACCACUGCCUCCAGGUUCUUAUGGGCCACCAACAUGGCCAGUGCAGCCCGGACAAGUGGGUCCAUCUCAACCACUAUCUGGUUCAGUACAGCCACCUAGGAUGUUUGGAAUGCCACCACCACCUCAACCAAAUCAAUCCAUGACUGCUAUACCUGCACUGAGUCAAACAGGAGCCCCGGUGUCAGGGACAUCGAAGAUUGAUCCCAAUCAAAUUCCACGGCCCAUUCCAAGUUCCUCUUCUAUCUUGUAUGAAACUCGUCAAGGCAACCAGGCUAAUCCUCCUCCGCCUGCUACAAGCGAUUACAUUGUCAGAGACACAGGAAAUUGCAGUCCUCGCUACAUGAGGUCUACCAUUAGUCAGAUUCCAUGUACUGCUGACCUCUUGACAACAUCAGGGAUGCAGUUAGCCUUGUUGAUCCAACCUUUGGCCCUUCCUCAUCCAUCUGAGGAGCCUAUACAAGUUGUAGAUUUUGCGGAUAUUGGUCCUGUUCGAUGUUCUCGCUGCAAAGCCUACAUCAAUCCUUUCAUGAAGUUCAUCGAUCAGGGAAGGCGGUUCAUCUGCAACAUUUGUGGAUAUACUGAUGAGACUCCCCGUGACUACCACUGCAACCUGGGUCCAGAUGGUAGGCGUAGGGAUGCUGAUGAAAGGCCUGAGCUAUGCAGAGGAACAGUUGAAUUUGUUGCUACCAAGGAAUACAUGGUGCGUGAUCCCAUGCCGGCUGUUUAUUUCUUCCUCAUCGAUGUAUCCAUGAAUGCGAUACAAACUGGGGCAACUGCAGCAGCAUGCAGUGCAAUCAGUCAAGUUAUUUCUGAUCUUCCAGAAGGUCCUCGGACGAUGGUUGGAAUUGCUACAUUUGACUCCACCAUCCAUUUUUACAAUUUGAAACGUGCACUGCAACAGCCACUAAUGCUCAUUGUUCCUGAUGUCCAAGAUGUUUAUACUCCUCUGCAGACUGAUGUUGUUGUUCAGCUCUCUGAGUGCCGUCAACAUUUAGAGCUAUUGCUGGAAAGCAUUCCAAACAUGUUUCAGAACAACAGAACUGCUGAAUCAGCCUUUGGUGCUGCAGUCCAGGCUGCUUUUUUGGCAAUAAAGAGUAGCGGAGGAAAACUGUUGGUAUUUCAAUCGGUCUUGCCAUCAACUGGCAUUGGAUCACUUUCUGCUAGAGAGGCUGAAGGGCGAACUAAUAUUUCUGCAGGGGAGAAGGAGGCCCACAAAUUACUCCAACCGGUAGACAAAACUUUAAAGACAAUGGCAAUUGAUUUUGCUGAGUAUCAGGUGUGUGUUGAUAUUUUUGUUACUACCCAGUCUUACAUAGACAUUGCUUCCAUCUCUGUCAUACCAAGAACCACUGGAGGACAGGUUUAUUAUUAUUACCCGUUCUCAGCUCUUUCUGAUCCUGCAAAGCUUUACAACGAUCUUAGAUGGAAUAUAACUAGGCCUCAAGGUUUUGAGGCAGUGAUGCGUGUGAGGUGCAGUCAGGGUAUUCAAGUUCAAGACUACCAUGGAAACUUUUGCAAACGCAUACCAACAGAUGUUGACCUACCUGGGAUUGAUUGUGACAAAACCAUAAUGGUAACCUUAAAACAUGAUGAUAAGUUGCAGGAUGGCUCAGAAUGCUCUUUCCAGUGCGCCCUUCUUUACACUACUGUGUAUGGCCAAAGAAGAAUUCGGAUUACAACUUUAUCCCUCCCUUGCACCAGUAUGCUAAGUAAUCUUUUCCGCUCAGCUGACUUGGACACUCAAUUUGCAUGUUUCUUGAAACAAGCGGCAAAUAAAAUUCCUUCCAUUCCACUCUUGCAAGUCCGGGAACAAGUGACAAAUCUUUGCAUCAACGUUCUUCUUUCUUAUCGUAAAUUUUGUGCGACAGUAACAUCGUCGGGGCAGCUUAUCCUUCCUGAGGCACUUAAGCUCCUUCCUCUAUACACCCUUGCAUUAAUGAAAAGUGUAGGACUGCGAAAUGAUGGGAGAAUAGAUGAUCGGUCUAUUUGGAUUGAGUGCGUUUCCUACCUUUCUACUCCUUUGGCAAUUCCACUGGUAUAUCCCAGGAUGGUGGCGAUCCAUAACCUUAAGCAAAAGGAUGAAAAUGAAUGUCUUGUUUCUCCGGUGAUUCCACUUUCAAGUGAGCAUGUUACUGAUGAUGGAAUUUAUCUUCUUGAGAAUGGUGUGGACUGUUUGAUAUAUAUUGGGAACUCAGUGGAGUCAAAUAUCUUGCAAUUACUGUUUGGCAUCUCCUCGGCUGAAGAAAUUCCUACUCAGUUUGUGCUGCAGCAAUUUGACAAUCCACUUUCACAGAAGGUAAAUGAUUUAGUAAACGAGAUACGGCGACAAAGAUGUUCCUACCUCCGCAUAAAAUUGUGCAAGAAAGGAGAUCCAUCAGGAGCAUUGUUCUAUUCUCAUUUGGUAGAAGAUAAGAAUCCAAGUGGCCCCUCCUAUGUCGAGUUUCUGGUAUAUGUCCACCGGGAAAUCCAAAUGAAAAUGUCAUCUUGAUCAUGACCAUGCUUCUUCAUCUAGUCACCUCCAGCCAUGGUGCUCUUGAAAUUCAAAGAAAACAGGAACUCGGAUUUUGUUAUUUAUAUGCAGUCAUCAGCCACCCCUGCGUGUUGUCAAAAUUUUUAAAAAGUAAGCUGAGCUGAGUUUUGCUAGAUGAGGUUUGGUGGUGUAGGCAAAUAUUGUUGAGUGGACGUUGUUGUAGUGCAUACAAAGCUUACAGUUCUUUCAUGUAUUAUGAAUCUAUGAUGGUUGCUGUCCAUCCCCGACACCCCUUCCCAAUGCCGGGAAGGGGAAUAGAGAAUGUAUGAACAAUUUUGUUACUGCCAUUGAUAACUUGUAUUUUUAUGAUCAAAGAAAGAAACAUGUCUCCUCCUCCGAUACAUAAAUUUUGGGAUCA